AUGGCGCUUCUGGCCGCCUGGUGUUUGAUUGGCCUGGUGAGUGGACAGAGUGAUGCGGUGGACCUCGGGCCGCGCUUCUCGGACUACCGGAGCUAUGCCGGCAUGGGCGACGUGGACGCAGGCGGGUUGUUCUACUGGUAUUUCGAACCCAUUGGAGUCGCGGCAGAGACUCCACUGCUGCUGUGGCUCCAAGGGGGUCCCGGCGCCUCCUCGAUGCUGGGGAACUUCUACGAGCUCGGGCCAGUCAAGUUGAGUGACCAGGGCGAGCUGGUACCUCGCGCCAGAAACGAGACCUGGGCUUCCCUGCUGCCGGUGCUCUUCGUGGAUUCACCCGUGGGCACUGGAUGGUCCUGGGCCAAGAGCAAUGGUAGCUACGCCCAGAGCCAGGACGACGUCGCGCGGAAUUUGCACCAACUCUUAGAGCUCUUCGCCCGACGACACCCCCGAGUGCCAUCGAAGCUGGUGCUGGCGGGCGAGUCUUAUGGAGGGCACUUCGUGCCCGCGCUCGGCGCUUGGCUUCUGCAGCAUGAGAGCUACUUCACCCUGGAAGCUGUGCUGAUUGGAGACGGGCUCACAGACCCAGGCACACAGGUCCUCACCAAGCCAGGCGUGGCCUUUGCCUUCGGCCUCCUGGACGAGCGCCGCACAGCCGAGGCGCAGCGUUUGGCCAACAAGGCGCAUGCCGCGGUGCGCGCGGAGCACUGGGCAGAGGCGGCGGAAUGGAGGUCUGCAAUGGAAGACUUGGUGAAGAAUGUCUCGCUCAUCAAUCCCUACGACGUUCGCACCACCGUGCAGUAUUCCUGGGAUGCGAUGCAGAAGUUCUUCGACCAGAACAGUACAAAGGAUUUGCUGCACAUCCCUCGCGCGUUGCACUUCGGCACUGCGCCAGAGGUGAAGGAGAACCUGAAGGCUGACAUCAUGAAGUCUCAAAAGCCUCACGUGGAGACCCUGUUGGGUGCGGGCGUGCGACUCUUGCUCUACCAGGGCCAAUUUGAUUGGAAGGAUGGCGUCGUUUCCAAUGAAGCGUGGAUUCGCAGUCUCAAUUGGACAGGUGCUGAGGAGUUCCUCUCUAAUGAGCGGCGAGUUUGGCGUCGGCCUGACGAGCAGAUCGCUGGCUACUGGAAGAGUUUCAAGAAUUUGGAGCAGGUGGUGGUGCUUGGGGCAGGUCACAUGGUGCCGAUGAACCAGCCCUUGUCGGAGGAGACCAAGUCCGACGCCGCCUUGGCGGUGCAGAGCAUCCCCGCCUAUGUCGAAGCCUCUGAUUUGUUCAUCGCCCUGGUGCCGGAUUUGGUUCACGCGGACACUGGCGUCAGUUGCAACUACACCAGCUGGCUCUCACGGGGCUGGUGCCGCGCGGAACUCUGGUGUCGCUUGCUGUCCAACCGCGAGGACCCCUCCGUCAUUUGCCUCUUCUCGGCAAAGGAGGCCGAGUUUAUUUUCCCGUUGGAUUGGCAGCAGAGCCGCAUCUCCGACGGCGCCUUCACCGUGGAGAGCGAUCGAGAGGAGGUGGUGAAGCUGGGCGAGAUGGCCUUGAAGAGUAAACUGGACCAUUUGAAGUCGCAUGGGCGGCUCACACACUACCGCUUCUACUUGGCCUGGCGAGCGAAGCUGCUGAACCAGGAUCAGGAGUCAUGGGACCUGAAUGGCUUCUUGGAGCACUUCGACUUCCCAUCCAUCAGUGAAGCCAUCAAGGAGCAAAAAGGCAUGACGGGCAUGUGCUGCGCGGUCAUGGCAGGCGACACGAAGAUCAUUCGACAGCUGGUGGAGCAUCGAGCCGAUGCCGCCUGA